AUGCGUCUCCUGGGCUUCCCGCCGGGUAGGCGCUGCGGCGGCAGUGCGCCUGCGCAGUUCGGCCUCCGCCGCUUCCCCCCCCCCCCACGCCCGCUGCCUCCGAGCGCCGCUCGCCUUGUCUGUCUGUCUCUCUCCGGAGCCAUGGCUGGGGGGGCGCCUGUCCAGGUGAGGCUGGGGGGGGCGGGAGGAGGCACACACUUGACGCGAGGCCUUGUGGGAAGCAGGGGGCGGGAGGAAGACUCAGCCCCCCCUUGUUUUACCUCAGAAAUCUCAGAGGGGGGGGAGGGUCGCCCCCCCGCUUUGUUCAUUUCCCACCCCGCCCCCCAAGUCCCUCCAGGCCUCCCCUCGGGCCUCAGGGAAACGAGGGAAGCCCCCGCGGAAGCGAGGAAGGACCCUCCCCGUUUGUUUAUUGUUUGUUUAUUGAAUUUAUAUAGCGUCCUAUAUCUGGAGGUCUCCUUUUUAUAAAUAAUUUUUAUUGAAUUUUACAUCAUUAUUUUUUAUCGCGAUACCCGGAGGUUUCAGGGCGGUUCGCAGAAUAUAAUAAUAAUAAUAAUAAUAAUAAUAAUAAUAAUUUUGGCUGGGUUUCCCCAGCCACUCUGGGCAGCUUCCAACAAAAGAUUAAAAAUAAAUUAAAUCAGUCAAUAAAAACUUCUCUAAACAGGGCUGCCUUCAGAUGUCUUCUAAAUGUCAGAAUAUAAAAAUAUAAAAUAGAAAGCCACAAUAUAUAUAAUCAAAAUAUAAACAAUAACACCCCACCCCAAAAAAACUCAUUUUAAAAGGGCAUUUUAGUGUCUAGUCAGUGAGUUCUCCACGCCCACAAGCGGAAGAGGCGAAGGUCCUGUUCUCUCAGUGGGGGAAGGGGGCAACUCCAGAAUUCCUUAAUAGUCCCAGAUUCUGGAAAAGGGAAGAAAAACCACAGGUCUAGGAUGCUAUUUGUUUGUUGGUUUGUUUUUAUGAGGUGGGGUGGGUAGCACCAGACCCUCCACGUGUCCCUGUUUUCCAGGGCCGGUCCCUGGCAUUCCUGUUAUCAAAUGUUGGAGGGUAUGGGGUAGGCGUCAUGUGGCGGGAUAAAUUAUUCCCUCCACAUGCCCAACAUUUUUAUGCCACCUGGUUGCAGAAGUCCAUCUGGGUGGUUCACAAGGUAAAAAGCACACCCCUCCUCGAAUCCCCGCGACGGGGUGAGCUCCCGUUGCUCGGUCCCUGCUCCUGCCAACCUAGCAGUUCGAAAGCACGUCAAAGUGCAAGUAGAUAAAUAGGUACCGCUCUGGUGGGAAGGUAAAUGGCGUUUCCGUGCGCUGCUCUGGUUCGCCAGAAGCGGCUUCGUCAUGCUGGCCACAUGACCCAGAAGCUGGACGCCGGCUCCCUCGGCCAAUAAAGCGAGAUGAGCGCCGCAACCCCAGAGUCGGUCACGACUGGACCUAACGGUCAGGAGUCCCUUUACUUUUACCCCACAUCCAAUAAGAACCAUGAAAAAAGACUCUGACAGAGUUCCUUUCUUGCAUUGCUUCACUUGCUGCUGAUCAUCACAUAAGAAGUGAGGACAAAGACAAAUGCAGUUAAAGGUCACAAAGGGAGAAGCUUCUCUUGUGACUCACGCAGUAGCAAUGAUGAUUAAAUUGCAUUUUGUCUCUUGUCUCAUGUUGACUAAAGUCCAUAAUAAGGGUGGGGGCAGAGCAGUGACCCAGCUUGAUUCCUCAGACUGCCAGUUGUAUGUAUCGAUACCCAACCAUUCACUGGGUUUGUUCAGUACUUGCAAAAUUACCACUUAACUGGCAGUAUUUUUGCACCCAUUUUGCCCAAGCAUAUGUUGCUGCCUCUGACAUUUCAGAAGGAGAGAAUGGGGUGGGAGGUGGGAAGGAUUUUUCUGAUGUCAUCUGAAACGCAAGACGGCCACUGACUUUGGGUUUCUGUCUCCGCAAAGCAGGCUAUGGAGUGUGAUGCGGAGCCAAGGUCUCUCCUGCCUUUCCAGUCCCUUGUGAACCUGAAGCAGGCCACUACGCGGGAGAUGCAGGUGCAAACGUCCGAGGCUUCCAUGUGGGCGGCGGUGGCGGCCAUCCAGGCCAUCGACAAAACGGUUGACAACCACACCAUGCGCUUGCUGCGCUUGGAGGGCAGGAUGGGCUCAACAGAGAAGAAGCUGGGAGCCUGUCAAAAGACCUCAACUGAAGUGGAGACCCAGCUGGAGAGCAAGUGGGCUGCGCUGGGGACCUUAACUGAGGAGUACAGGCAGCUCCAGAAGAGACUGGAGAAUGUGGAGAAUCUGCUGAAGAAUCGGAACUUCUGGAUCCUGAGAUUCCCCCCUGGUGUGAAGGGAGAAACGCCCAAGGUUAGGAGUAUUAUUAAUAUCCUUUAUUAAAUUUGUUUGCCGCCCUCCAUCCAUUGAUCUCAGGGCAGUUCACAACAUAAAAUGACAAUAUAAAAAACACAAAAUGCCAUCAGCCAAAGGCUUGGUUGGCACCUAAAGGUGUAUAAGGAAGGCUUUCAUGCAAGUGCAAAACAUUCUGCUACCAGAGCUAGCAAACAUUAUUCAUGCUUACUGCAUGUAAUUUUGCAAAUUACUCCAGUGCUAUAGAUGCAAACAAUAUUAUUUUGGACUGCCAGGAAUAACUUGGAGCCAUGCAAAUAUUUUAAAACCCAACUAUGAAACCUCCCUGUAGUCAUUUGAAGUCUAUCCAGAAUUCUCCUCCAUAGCUCAUUCCAGACUCAAGAGAUCAGUAAGCAUGCUGUUUUUUGUACUGAAUGCAUAGAUCUGUGAUUCACAGUGCACUAUUAAUGCCCCCAAAAUUCUUCUUGGCUGCCUCCUUGGGCUUUCUGUGGGAAUGCUAGAGGUUCUUCCUUUUCCUUGGGUCACAGCACCAAACAGAAAGUUGCUAUCACAGUAUUCCCCACAUCUGUAUUCCUGAAUAAUAGACAUGCUUUCCAGAUGUUUUAGCUCUCCUUGGCAGUUCACACUGUUUUCAGUGGGGCUGCAGGAUGCUGAGAACUUUUGGAAACUAAAUUUAUUUUAUCUCAGUGGUCAAAAUGUGUGGCCUUGAAAACAGGAUGCUUUUGUCCGCGUCAGACAAAACAAGUCCUGUUAGCACAUAAAACUAAGCUCAGUGUGAACGAGUAAGUAUGCCGGUUCACAGAAAGAAAACUGGCUGCUUCGUUCCUCCAUGUUUUGGCUUCAUGUUACAUCCAAACCUGAGCUUGUGGUUUAUCACCCACAGACAGAUCACAAGUGGUAGGCCAAGAACAAACCUUAGCUACAACAAAUCGUGAGCUCAGGUUCAUAUGUAAUACCAAGCCAAACCGUGACUUAGUUCCCAGUAGCAGGGGAAGCGGCUGUGAUUUUCGCUCUGUGCACUGAUACACCUGCUCAUUCAUGUUUGGCUAAGUGUUACGUGUGCACCAGCCUCUCUUUAUGUAGAAAGUGAUUCUUCCAACACCAUCCAGUAACAUUUCUUGCCUACCAGUUAGGCCGACUGGGUUGGGAGUCAAGAGGGUGCUCAGCUUUAACUUCUGUUGUUCCAGGUUCCAGUGACCUUCGAUGACCUCUCAGUCCAUUUCAAUGAGAAGGAAUGGGGAGAUCUGGACGAGUUGCAGAAAGAGUUGUACAAGACAGUAAUGAAAAGCAACUACGAGAUGCUGGUCUCGCUGGGUGAGAUUUAAGAAACCCUGAGUUGGUAUAUAAUGGGAUGCAGGCUCAAAGUUCUUACUUGUUUGGGCGAUCAUUAUCAGUAUCUUGAGAACUAAUGUGGUUUAGUGAAUAAGAGAGGCUUCUCAUCUUUGAUUAUCUGCAACAUGUGUGUAUUAAAAAAGAAACAAAAUAAGGGCAUUUGUUGUCAUGGAAGAGUGUGUUCAAGCCCCUGCUCAGGCGGAGAACCUGCCACUGGACCCCUUUUUUAGUUUCUGAGCCAUUACUAUGGAUUCAUAGCUCCAAAGAGAGUUUUAUAGGCCACGCUGUCCAACCCUUUGCUUGGUUCAGGAAAUCCACAGCUGGGGAGAGCCUGGAAGUGGCAGAGCAACUGGGCUCCAUGGCAUCACAGCAGCGUGGCACUGGUAUCCAGCAUAUCCUGGGCCAGCUCAGCUUUUCCCACCCCUGGGAUGCCCAGUUUUUGGUGGGUCACAUGCACUCUUGGCAAGUGAAGCAAGGAGGAAGCCAGUGGAGUCAUUGAUGGGGGUGGGAACGGAGACAUCUGCCUCAUCCGACACUCCCCUCCCUUCCCCCAGCAUGGCAGAUAAGGGAUUUGGAUUGCAGCAAAGCCUAUUAGAAAGUCUGUAGCUUCCUUCCCCAACCUGCUACCCUUCUGAUGUUUCAGACUGGAAUUCCUAUCAGCUCCAGCCAGCAUGACCAGUAGUCAAGGAUAAUAGGAACUGUAGUCCCAGACAUCUGGUGGUCACCAAGUGGGGAUGGAUAACUCAUGGGCAGCAGCCAUAUUUUGGCUAGUUUUGCACCUUGAAACACACCCAUUCUUGAUCGUGGGAGCUGUUUGAUGUUCAGCUCAAGGGAGGUUGCAGCUUAGCAGUAGACUGCACACUUUGCAUUUGGCAGGGGUGACUCCAGUUAGUUCAUCUUACAGAUAUUUUUUAAUGGAUCUCUGGUAGCAAAGCUGCGAAAGGUUUCUUCUGCCUGAAACCUUGGACUACUGCUGCUUGUCAGAAUAGAUGAUACUGGGCUGGAUAGACUGGUGGUCUGACUCUGGAUAACACAGCUCUUUCUGACAAAGCCAGGGCUUAUUUAUUUGCAAGCCUUCGCAAUUCUCUGAGCCUUUUGUUACUGAAUGGCAUGUAAUGACCUCCUCUUUUCCCAUUCAUCGAUUGAACAGACUAUGCCGUUGCCAAGCCAGAGAUCCUGACUCGGAUUGAGCAGGGAGAAGAGUUGUGUGAGAAAGGACUUGGAGAUUCAGAAGGCAGUGGUGUCCCUGAACAACUUGACGCAGGUGCGUUAGCAGGCCUCCGAGAAACAGAGCAGAGAGUCCUUUUGCUGCCUCAUCAUAAGAGAAAUGUUAUCUUGCAAUUUCUUUUGACCUUUGCCACUGACUGUGUUGGCAGCAUUUGGAUAUGACUUGCAAGUGAAGCCUGUAGACCAAUGUGGGUGAGAUCCAGCUCCUCAGCCCCACUCCUUUGCCUCAAAGGAUAUUGGUGGGAGCUUUUUCCCUGGUAUGACACCAGGAAAGAAGAAAGUUGAGGGCAGGAAAUGCAGCCUUAGUAAUCCUUGUUGUGUAUGGACAUUGUGUAAUUCCUGUUUUACUGGAUUCGAGUGAUGGUUUUAUUCUGAGAAUAUAAAGUGCCUCUUUUUGGCUAUGAAGUGGAAUAUAACUAAUCUGAAUGAAUGAAUAAAUGCAUGGGGACAUUGGGCUGGAUGCCCCUCACUUGCACUUUAGUUGUACUCAAAGUAUGGAAAUGAAUCCACAUGUUAAAUCCACCUGUUUCAGUUUGUUUACUUAGAGGGCUUGAGGAGCAGAAGUGGUAUUUGUGUUGCAAAAGACACACCUUUUCCAGCACGUUGAUGGUUUUCUUGUUGUCUCAUAUGCUUCAUGCCUGUAGUGCUUUUGCAAUAACCUUCAUACUUGGCAAAAACGUGUUUCUUUCCUGUUACAAAUACUAAUUUUUGUAUCGGAAGAAGUGGCCUUGUAUGCCCAUGACGUUAUGUUUGUCCUCGUGCACCUUUUGCAUCAGUGUGUAUAAUCUCUCCUGCCUGUUGUUGGUUCUGGAUGAUACCUUUUUAAUUGCAGAAAGUUCUUGCAUCCAGAUUGGAAAGCCAUCUUAUUCCACCAGGCAAUUUCUACAUGCAAGACUGCUUGGAGAGCCUGGCCGUUUUCAGAAUGUGACAUGGGCUCUGUUACGGUGCAGGGAUGGUUAGAAAAUGAAGACUUCUUACAUGGGAACCUGGUUAGGAAAGUGAUUGGAAUGUAUUGGGUUGUGUAAUGAAACACUGUUUAAACCUCAAGUUUGUGACCAGCAGGUUGUUGUGUGUGCAUGGUUUCAGUGUUCAUCAGCUGAUGCACAGCAACCUCUUCUCUCUCCCAUUCAGACUGCCCCGCUGCUCCAGUUGAUGUUUCUUUGUGGCUUAAACAAGAGGUGGAGGAAUCCCAGAAUGGGGAGGCUAAGCUUCCUGAGGAGACGAGCAAUGGCUGCCACAUGGGUGAGUAUUUAACUGCAUUGUGGUUUCUGCUUAGCUUUUAGGCUGCCAAGCAAGAAAGCAGGCCCUUGACUUGAGGGCUUCCCUCUUCCCAGCAGGCUCUCUUUCAUUAUAAAGCCAGGAUUAUGAGGGAGCUGCUUACACAAUUGGCAGCCUGCCAUAUUCAUUUAGUCCUUUGUGGGCAGCUUUGGAGACACAAGGCAUAUUUUUCAGGUGGGACUUCAAAGGUUUCUCUCCAUCCUCACCUCCACCACAACCCCAUGUCACCUUUGCUGUUUUAACUGGCUGGUUUUAUGGGUUGUUUUGGACUUCACUGUGCCCUUUAGCAUUGCCCCUUGAAACUCUCUCUUCCAAACCAUCCAUCCUUUUCUUUGCUCCUCCACCUCCUUCCUCUGACCUCUUUCACACUCUUCCCACUGACCUACCCUGGCUGCAAAGCCCUCCUUUUUCUGUCCCCCUCUCUUGCCACACAUGCGCUUCCUCCUGCUGCCUGAGGCUCUGGAUGAGUUUUCUCCUUGAUGGAGAAGAGCAGCGCCCUGUGACCUCCUCUCUCCUAUGUGCAGGUUCUCCCAUGGAUACAGUAGAGUCAUCCUCGUGGAUUAAAGAGGAAGUGGAAGAGGUGCGCUUUGCUCCUGAGGAUGUCCAGGAAAGGGAUCUCAGCCACAAAGGCAGCCUGGGUGAGUCCUGUCUUCGAUCUCCCUUGGAACCAAUUAUGCUUGUCUUGUUAGGAAUGCAUUGAAUGCGUAAAUCCUCAUGAAGACAUUGCAAGUGGGUGUAAAGAAGCUGAUUUAAAUUUGUAGUGACGGCUCUAAUAUAACUGUUGCAGCAGACCUUCAAAGGCUUGCAGUCCUUAUUCUUAGACAUGCAAAUUUUCUAUCCCUGGCCAUGUACCACCUUUCUUUUUCUUUUUCUUUUUGUUUGUUAACAACGUCCAAAAGCACCUGCCAGACUGCAGAUUUCCCCCUGCGGUUUGGCUAGUUAUUCUCCUGCCAAGAUUCCCUCAUAAAGAUAUUUCUCCUCUGAACGUUGUGGAAAGAGUAGAACGGGACAGCCUUGGUUGCAAAUUUCCUUCUUCCUUGACAGAAUAUCAAACUGUCACGGUGGACGAAGAGCACAUUGCGGAACCCCAGGAAGGCAUGUGUGCGCAGGAGCCGUUGUUCCUUGGUGAAGGGCCUAGCACUGGUGAGUAGCAGGACAAAGGUUUUUUGGCUCUUGAGAGCGUUGGUCCUUAGAUUCCCCCUUGGGUGAGGCUGGUAACAGCGAACCUUCUGGCCCAGCCAGUGUGCUCUGUCUUCCCACUGUACUAACUGCAGUGUUCUGUCUCACCACCAAACUGGCACAUAGUUUGAAGCAGGAAAGCUGCAUUCCUGAGCAAAUUAAGGGGGAAGAUGUACCAGAGAGCAGGAUCGUGAUGGGGGGGGGGGGGGCUUCUGGUAAGAUGAGCAUCGGCUUGCGGAGCCUCGGGGCUGGAAGGCGAUCAGCCCCUUGAAACAACUCCACAUGCUCUCACCUUAUGGCAGCUUCUUCCUGCUUAAGGGUACCAGGACUUUGGAUGCCUUCUCACAAAACCAUUUUUCAUUUUAAAGGUCUGGAUGCUCUUUCUCUCGUGUCUUUAAAAUGCACAGCCAUGAGGGGAAUCAGGGGAUCAGACUUGCAGUCACACACAUUUAUUGCAGCAGGAAACAGACUGAACUUGUACUCGAUGGAGAGAGACCUCUGUGACCCCUUUAAGAUUUAGUGUCCACAAGGACUGGGAUCGCUCAGCAGAGUUUUAGAAGUUAGAAAGUAACUAAUGGGGAGAAUGAACAUCCUUGCACACAGUGGUAGAAAGGAUGCUCAUGGGGAAAUGCAAUAUAACGUUUGUGGGGAGUUAACUUUCAUCCUCCUUAUGACAGCUGAGUCAUUUUAGACUUGCUCCAAAGUUCUGAGUCUUAAUUGCAUCUGGUGCAUUACAGAACAUUUUAAGAUGCGACAAAUAUUUACUCAGAUUAGUUAACAGUGUUGGGAGACUUUCAGGCACCUCUUAAUGGUAUUCAUGGCAUUCUUUCCUUGACCCCUCCUAACCAGGUAUAACCCCAAAGCUAUUUUUCAAGCUGCCACCACCUAUUCCUACUCAAGACUAAAUUCUGGUGUGUCUGGGGUUUUUGUUUUUUUAAACAAAGAAGUAUACAUAGGAACAGAGGGCAGUCCUGCUUUAAAUUUCUAAUAGUCCUAAUAGAUUCCAAUUGAGCCACACACUUCAAAUGCCUCACGGGAUCUAAGAAGUAGUUGGGAGGAGAAGUAACUGGCAAAUAGUCACCUGUGCAGUUGAUUUGCACAGCAGUCAGUGCCAGUUUGGUGUGGUUAGAGUGUUGGGCUAAGACCUGGGAGACCUGGCUUCUAGCCCCCUCUCAGCCAUGAAGCUCACUUGGCAACCUUGGGCCCAGGUACUGCCUCUUAGGCUUACCUACCUCACAGGGUUGCUGUGAGGAAAAAUGGGGAGCGGGAGAGGCAAAAUCAUGCAUGCCACGUUGAGCUGCUUGGAGGAAAGGUGGAAUAUAAAUAGGGUAACAUAAAAAGAAUAAAUAUAUAAAUAUGUCAAUCCUUAAAAUUAGUUCCAACAAAAACAACUCACUACGGCCAGGAUCCAAAUAGACAGGGCUCAUGCCAGGGAGAGUAAGAAUUUUCCCUGCUAAAGAGAGAAGCCACUAAUCAAUUUGAAAAGCCGCUUCUCUCUCUUGUGCCCAAGAUAGUAAGAGAGGCUGCUUUCCUCACAUGCAGAUCUUGGGCACACACACUUUUUGUUUGCUGGUUUCUGCUAAGCAACUAACUUCAGCUUUGUGUAUACUUUGCUAAGAAGUGGAACCUCCUUAGGCCCUUUGCUCUCUUCCCCAGUUGCUAUUUGGCAGGGAUUUGCGGCAUAGUGUCUUCUCAGAACGGCAGAGGGGAUUGGUUGGGACAGAGCCCUUCUAGUCAAAGUGCGAGCAAUGAAGCGAUGCUUCUUCUAGAGCAGAAGAGGCAAUUGCCGUGGAAGGUUGGAGAGUGUGGCUGCUGUGGUGGCAUGCUAGCAGAUCCCAACACUUCCUGGUCAGGCAAGCUACAGGCAAGGCCAGGAUCACCAAGGAAAUCUCACACUGCUCAUUCAGUCCCUGAGAACCAGAAUCCCAUUGGACAUAAAGAGUGACAAAGCCCUUCCAGAUCUUGCUGAAGCCCCUGGCUGCCAGAGGAACUGAAGCUUUUGCAGCGAGCUAGGCUGAGUUUUGCUUGCAACAAAUGGUCCAGAAGCGGACGCCACCUGAAGAUGUCUCCCGCGCGAAACGCCACGGUUCAGAAUGGUGCAUCUUUAACAUUUCCCUCGGAGGAAGACGUAACUGCUGACAUUUUAAGAACUUGAAAGAAGCCUAAAUGUCACCGCUCUCUGCUGGAUGCGUUUGGCACUGGGAAGAGGAACUGUGUGAGCAAGAAGUUGUAUAAUGUGGAGACUGGCAUCGAAAUCCCUCUGCUAGGCCAGAUGUGGGCUGGAAGUCUUGGAGCAUAGAAGUAUGAUAUAGAAGGCCACGCUUCUGUCUUCUGCUUUGUGUUGGGAAGCCAAAGUGGGGGCUACCAAGGGAAUCCAUUGAAGCAAGAGAUCAGUUGUUUGCUACCAGUUCCUCCCGAUGAAUUUUUCUGCGUUACUGAGUGCCCCAACUUGGUAGCUGUUCAGCACAGCUUUGCGUGUCGGGAGGCUCCACCGAACUGUUGCCGCAGGCAGGAGUCUCUUGGAAUGCUGCCUUGAAAGCCGCCUGCCAAGAACGGUGUGAAAACUGGAGGAAGGCGCCAGAGAAGAGGCAGCGGCCCAAGACCCAGUGGCUUUCGUAGGUUCCCAGACCCAGCCCAGUUUGCCCAGUGGGUCAAGGAGGCCUGGGAAAGUGUCUCUGCGGACAUGGCAACCCACAGCCCAGUCAUUUAUUGCAACAGCUGGUUCAGACUUCAUCCAGGGCACAGUCAUUGCUGUUGCCAGGAGGUGGAGCGGGGGAGGGGACUCCUUGUUUGGCCUGCAUCCUAGAUAAUGAAGGGACUAAGGGGAAGGAUGCUGACAAAGUCGGCUUCAAAUGAAUGCCACUGAGGGUUCCUUCUCCUGAUGCGAAGGCAUCUUUGGGCUUCAAAAACCGGUUCAGGUUUAAUAAAGCCGUUAAAUUAUUGUUAAAUGCCUGAAUGCAAGAUAUUUCCUUCUAGUUCAUUUCCCAUGUGUAGUUCUCCCACUUAUGACCCAGGUAAUAAAUUAAAACAACAAUAAUAGCAAAUAAUGGUAAAUGUAUUGACUUGCUGUGGUGAAAAAUCCAGUGCUUAUAAUAACGCUAUUGACCUGCCUUUAAAAAAAAAGUUAUUUGGAAGAGGCUCCAUCGUCUCCCAAGGCAGCUUGUUUCAUUUCUAAAGUCAAAAGUGUUCUGUUGCUUCUGUGAGAUGUCUGUGGGUCAUUUGCUUGCUGGAGCCAUUGGCAGGUACCAUAUCCCAGUUGUACUUCAUUGCUCCUGCUCUCCAGCUUGUGGUAUGUGCUGUGCUCUGGCUAGUGCAGUAUAAUCUGGUGUGGGUGUGGAGGGGCUGUGGAGGUUGAUUUGUAGUUCGUUUCCUCUUAGACUGGGUUACCUGGCCCUGUAGUAACGCCUUCCCUGAUCUUACGGGUACAUGUUGAACGAUUAGCAAGGUGCCCGCUGUAAUGAUUCCCGCCCCCAAUAUAUUCCAUGGAUAUCUAUUAGUACAGUGGUACCUCGGGUUAAGAACUUAAUUCGUUCUGGAGGUCCGUUCUUAACCUGAAACUGUUCUUAACCUGAAGCACCACUUUACCUAAUGGGGCCUCCUGCUGCUGCCGCACUGCCAGAGCACAAUUUCUGUUCUCAACCUGAAGCAAAGUUCUUAACCCGAGGUAAUAUUUCUGGGUUAGCGGAGUCUGUAACCUGAAGCGUAUGUAACCUGAAGCGUAUGUAACCUGAAGCGUAUGUAACCCAAGGUUCCACUGUAUUGCAUUUAAGGCUUAAAAAUGUGUCAUAGUCUAGGUUAGUAAUAGAAUAAAGCUGUGAACUUUGAAUUCUCAAACUUCUACUUUCUGUCUGAUCUCCCCUCUCACCACACUUUUAGAAAUAGUUGUCGUGUGUGAGCAGGAUGAUAGCAUUGGGACAGCAUUAGACCGGGAUCAAGGAAGAAGGCACUAUAAUACAAUGCCAAAAGUUAGGGAAACAGGGCAGAGAGGGGAAAAACUUAAUUCCACCUGUGAAUGAGGUGGUACAGCAUGGUUCAUUUAAGGGAGACAUUAGCAGAAAGCUGGGAGUGGGGUUUGCAAAUUUGGAAGCGGGGAAAGGCGGGGUGAGAUUUAGGUACUGAAGCAAACGUAGGAAGUUUGGCAGGGGCAUACAGGGAGAAUAGGCCGAAUAUGGAUAGUUUUCCUGCAAGGACAGGGGAUCCUGUGUGGGUUUUCACCACCCACUUCUUCACUGCCAGGAAGUUGGAACUCUUAAGAGGUUCAUCCAAGUUUCCUGGACAAGUCCCUCCCAGUUUCACUACCUUCCACCGCUACUGCAGAACAUUUUUCUGGCAGCUCCUAAGGCGUGGCAAACACAAUUUUAUAACAGAAAUGUCAUUUCCUUUGUUCCUCCGCUCCUCUGUCUUUCCGAUCCCUUUGGAGACCCCCCCCCCCGUUCCAUCAGAGGGAAGGGGGAGGACCCACACAUCAGCACGCAGCGGAGGGGACAAGGGAACUUUGCAAAGACUCCUCAGGAGUCCUCAGGGACCCAGAGAGCCUGUGAAGAGGAACCUCAGGGAGUGAAUAUCUUUGACAUAAUGGGCCAUGGUAGAGAUAACCACACACAGAGAAAGAGAGAGUUUUUAUAAGGCAGUGUCUGCAAACAUUGGAAUGGGAGGCUUCCUUUUUUCAUAGUUUGCGGCAGACCCAGGAUCAUGGUUGCAGAUUUAUUCCCUUCACGAAGUGCUUGCCCCUUCUGCUGUAAUGUGAUUGUAAAAACAUACGGGCUGGAAGAGAUCUUGUGGGUAAUUUCAUGAAGGAAUCUCAUGAAUGCAUACCUGUUGGGUUUUGGCUACCCAUGUGGGUUUUCUGGGACACAUUGGUGAUGAGGACCCAACAGGAAACCCUGGGUCCCUGUUUACAGAUCUGUCCAGGGCAGCCAGCGUUUUCUUGCGGAGAGCAAAUUCCUGUGUUACGUUUCCACCUUGACUCUGAGGUUACAAAACUUCAGGCCCCGGUUCUGUGAGCCGCUUUAGUUCUGUGAGUUGGGUGGCCCCUUCGGCUGUCUCUUGCACCUUCAGGAAGUUCCCUGUUCCCGGUCUGGAGGGACAAAAAAACAUUGUUUGGGGCCGCAGAGUAAGAGCUUCCUCUUUGCUCAGGUCCAGCCCCCUUUCUGACUUGGGUUGAUGCCGCUGGCGACAUGGAGCACGUCCUUCGCGAGCAACACCGAGGGCGUUUUUACGAAAUGAUGGAGGAGAUCCUGUCCACCAAGCGAGAGGACAACAACAGUUACAUUAACCGCGAAAGAUACAGGACUUUGAUCGAAGAGGUCAAGGAGGCGAAGAGGCUCCGCAGCAAAAAGGGCAAGCAUUACCGCCGGCUCAGGCGCUUCAACGUCCUGAACAUCGGCGAGGAAGAGAAGCUGGUGGUGCCCGUCUCCCCUGGGCACACCGAGGUGGUGUACUUCGUCCAGUACGAGGACUUGUUUGACAUCCUGCACGCGGCACAUGUUGCCAUCGGCCACGGCGGUCGGACCAGGAUGCUGAAGGAACUCAGCCGUAAGUACAAAAACGUCACUGCUGAGGCUGUAAUGACUUACCUGAAACUUUGUGAGCUGUGCCAGAAAAAGCAAGGCGGUCCCAAGAAGGGCUUUGCCGCAAGGCCGGCGUUUCGCAGCGAAAGGGAUUCGCAUUGUUCGUUUGAUAUAAUUUACAUGUAGCAGGACUGGGAUGCAAACUCAGAACAGUGCAUCGGGAUCCCCUGAGAAAAGUGUUCAGCCUGGACCGCUGCAACCAGGUAUUUUUCACAAUCCCCAUUCCAUGUUUUCUGCACUGCAGAGAGCUUGUAUUUCAAAUAACUGAAAAAUUGGUGCUUGGGGUGGCGCCGUAAUCCUUAACGGGGAGCCACGGACUGUCGAAACACACAAACGGAGACAUUUGGAAACAAUAAGCUUGGUCAACGGAAGCAAGACGAAGUCUGAAACAGUUUCAUUCAAAGCGUGAGGAUUUCAUCACAUCACGACGGCAUGAAAAGGAUUCCUUGCAGAAGCUGCCUUUGGAUGGUCCCAAAUGGUCUGGCGUCAUCAAACUUGAUUUCAGAUAAUUUAAGGACUUUGAGGUCUGUCAGAACUGGGUGAGAGAAAUUCAGGCGUGCUGAUUUCGGUGCAGGCUGGUAUCGCUUCAGCUCACGCCCACAAAAUGGGGAGGUCACUGAAACAGCCGUCAGCACAUGGAGACCUAUGGAGAGACUCUCAGCUAAUGUUAAAAAAAUAAUAAUAUUUGUAAAAAUAAACUCCAGGUAGGCUUCAAGGAAAGUUGCCAUGAACACCAGAACCUUCUGAGGAUUGCACAAAAAGCAAAAACUCGCAAAGGACCGAGUCUUGGGAGAAGAAUUGCCAUUCUCAGGCUUAUCGGGUUCUAACAGGCUUUAUUUAAAUAAAAUAUAAACAAAUAACAGGUUCUGUUAUUUUAAAAACCAGUUAGAAGGUUCCCCCCCAAUCCAGCAGUAUAUACAUUUUGUUCAAUAAUUAAAUAACAAAAAUGGCAAUGCCAAUUUGAAAACAUUCUGACCUAAGUACUUCUCUGCAUUGGGGAGUGGGCAGGGAAAACACCUUGACUUGAAAGCGUGGGUAACACAGGGCCUCAUCCUGUAGUUCAUUCUACAGUGCAAAGUUUUCAGAACAGAACUUCAGCCAGAGUUUGCUUAAAGGACUCCACCAAAUAUUUGCCUGUUUUGAUUUUGGGCUUCCUCCUGUUGCCUUAACCAUAAUUUUUUAUGUGUUUAGCCUGAAGUUAAAAUGCCUCUGCACCUCCCUGCAUUAGAAACCCACGAGUCCUUUUGCCUAGUAGAGAUUCAUCAGGGCAGGGCCUGCUUUAUAAAGUUCCUGCUCCUCAGUUUGUGAAACAGGCUAGGAUGUGAAGUUGGGCUCUCUCAGAAGUGUCCCAUGGGAGUUCUGGCGAAACCCUUCAAAGCUCACCAUCUCCUGUUCUUGAGUCAAGUGCAACUUUCCCACUAAGUCAUUCAAGGAUUUUAUUUAGUUGUAUUUAUAAAUGUUCAUAUAUUGUGUGCGUUGAUUUUGUAAAUGAAGUAUUUAUUUGAUUUUUUUAUAUAUGUAUAUUUUAAUAUUAAUCAAUGAUCCUGUCUUUUUACCCAUUGUUGACUGCUUUGAUUUCAAAGAAAGCAAGUUUUUCAAUAUGCAAGUGAAGCAGAGGCAUUCGUGGUGCUGCAGCUAAAUUGGCCUCCUCUGCAAGGCUGUAACUAAAAAUGCUGACGUUCUCCUGCUUCUAAGAAUCCUUCAGGUGGAUUCUGUGCCUAGUUCAAAGUCCUUUGAACCCCUUCCAGGCCUGUACUGAUGACUGCACAAUCUCAAAAAAAGAUAAUUCUGGGAGGAAGGGCAGUGGCAGGAAUCCUGUCACUCCCAGUGUCACAAGCCUCUGCCUCUGCUCUAGUAAAUAAAUAUAUUGUCUGCCGAUGGUCUUCCUUUGUGCUCCACUUAAGAAGAGUUGUUUGUACGAUAACAAAAAUAAAUAAAUCCCAACGCCCCAAACGACAGUGAACAUCAGUGCUAAAAAUGUUAUAGUGUAGUAAAAUGGUGUUGUUUGCUAUUAAAUACCGAUUAGCUUUGCACCUGCUUGUUUUCUUCACAGUGAUGUCAGGUGGAAUGUUAAGAGAAAUUCUAUUAAAUUCUUUUGUUUGAAAAAUGGUUUGGCAUAAUUCAUUACCAAGAUAACUUCUCUGGUUAAAGUUUGAAACCAGAAAGGUAUAAGAACAUAAAUUCCACAGUUCAACUAUGUGCCACAUGAAGACAUCACUUCUUUUUGUAUAGCUCAGUUGGUAGGGCAUGAGACUGUUAAUUUCAGGGUUGUGGGUUCGAGUCCCACAUUGGGCAAAAAACAUUCCUGCCUUGCAGGGAGUUGGACUAGAUGAUCCUUCUGGUCCCUUCCAACUCUACAGUUCUGUGAUUCUGCGAUUGUAUACAGGGUUGAAAAUGUGCUUCAUUUAUCUUCUCCGUUGACAGCGACAAUUGCACGUUUAAAAGUCAUACUAAAAAGUAAUUAAGGUUUUUCUACAACUGCUGCCUUUCCCUGGCCUGGCUUGGUAAUCGUUAGCACCGUUAACAUUUGUGCAUUUGGUAUUUCCCACAAGCUUAGUAGUAAAUUUACUCUUUUUGAUAAUGUCAUUAUCAAACUCCCAGCAAUACUUCUGAACAUAAUAAACUACCGCAAGUGCCAUUGUGUUGUUCGGCAUAGCCAGUGCAGCCUACAUUCUUGGCUCUCAUAACUGCUCGCGUUUCAAGGAAAGGCAAGCUGCGGCAAGGCUUUCCACACCAGUGACUGAGCCCAGAGGCCCAUGUGUGUCAUCAGCAGCCCCUGCGACACCUCAUGGUGCUAGAAGAAGCAUGGCAACCGUACUGUGAUUCUGAAUAUUGCUUUUUGUAGGGUAGGGGGCACUGGGGUUACGUUUAUAGCAGGGGUUGUCAACCUGAUCCCUACCGCCCACUAGUGGGCGUUUCAGGAUUCUAGGGGGGCGGUAGGGAAUUCUAUGGCACAAGCUGAAUCCUCCUUCCAUCGAGCACUGCGGGGCGGUAAGGAAAUUUUACCAUCAAGAAAGAUGCGUUAGUGGGCGGUAGGUAUAAAAAGGUUGACUACCCCUGGUUUACGGAGUCAAGAAGGCAGUGACUCCCAAUGGUUUGGGAAACACUGUUCUAAAUAAAAUGAAGGUGUUGGGCUUCAAAAUAUUAAACCCAUGCUUUGAAUUGGUCCCAGAAACAAACAGGCAGCUUGUGCUACUAGCAUGAUAGCGGCCUCCCUCAAACAGCUGUUUGCGGUUGGCCAUUUCUUCCCUUGGUCUGAUUUGGUGGCUGUUCCUGAGCCCUCUUCAAAUGCAGCCUUAUAUAUGCAGGUUGGACUUCCAGUUGGUGUCACCAAAAAGAUGGGCCAGCGGGUGGUAGGGGAGACCUCAGCGUCAAAAACCGAAUUACUCCUGUACGCCCCUACUCACAGCUUAUUCAGGGCUUGUGUUCCUGUGUCUCAUCUUAAGUCAGUUGAGCAAUGGCAAAAAGUUGCCCUCCUCGCGAGUUUAUUUGCAUGCUGCUUUCCCCUGCUCAAAGAGCCUCACAGCAACAUACAGACUAAAACCUAGCAUCUCAAGACGUUGCGUUAACCAUUACAAAGUAGAGCACAAGUUGUUGUUGUUGUUUAGUCAUUUAGUCGUGCCUGACUCUUUGUGACCCCAUGGACCAGAGCACGCCAGGCACUCCUGUCUUCCACUGCCUCCCGCAGUUUGGUCAAACUCAUGUUGGUGCCUUCGAGAACAGUCCCACCAUCUCGUCCUCUGUCGUCCCCUUCUCCUUGUGCCCUCAAUCUUUCCCAACAUCAGGGUCUUUUCCAGGGAGUCUUCUCUUCUCAUGAGGUGGCCAAAGUCUUGGAGCCUCAGCUUCAGGAUCUGUCCUUCCAGGGAGCACUCAGGGCUGAUUUCCUUCAGAAUGGAGAGGUUUGAUCUUCUUGCAGUCCAAACAACAGCAAAACUUGCACUAAUGUCAGUAAGACCAGCAAAACACUGAAAUGCCUUAACAAUAGAACCCAAACAUCCAUAUAGGAGCGAAAACAGGGCAGCUUAAGAGUCUGCUGUGGGAGAGAGCUUUUCCUGUGUAACGCCUGGUCCCCUUCUGUUCUUGUUCUUUUCUCUAGCAGAACAAGAAACUUCAGCAGAGACACAGGAAGACGGAAGCCGCCGGAAGCCAGACUUGCUCAUUGACCUGUCGGGAAGAACCACCCCUCCCAGCCCUGGGCACAGCCUUGCCUGUGGCGCUGAGCCUGGUGCCCAGCCCCAGCCCACCAAGGAGGAGCCGGAGAACUUUAUGCAGGAGCUGUACUCCUACCUGGACUGCGGGAAACGCUUUGGGCACAAGCGGUCUCUGCUGGACCACGAGGCGCCCCACCCCUUCCAGUGCCUGGAGUGCCACAAGAGCUUUGGCUGGGAGGACGAGCGCCAGCCGGACAGCCACCCCCCUGCCACCUGCCCUGAGUGCACCCAGCGCCUGCGCAAGAAGCGCUCCAGCCUGGCGCACGUGGCAGACGCCCAGCCCUUCGCCUGCGCCACCUGCGGCGCCACGUUCAGCCAGUGGUCGAUGCAGCUCCUUCACCAGAAGUGCCACGGGCCCCACAGCCACUCCUGCGGCGACUGCGGGGCCGGGGCCGGGUCGGCGCAGGAGCUCCAGCGGCACCGGAGGGCCCACGCCGUGGUGGGGAGGGCCCACUCCUGCCUCAACUGCCCCUGCAGCUUCCUCUCCUCCUCGGAGCUAGCCGCCCACCGCCGGACGCACACCUCGAGCUGGCCCUUCACCUGCAGCUGGUGCCAGAGCACCUUUGCCAGCCGCAAGGUGCUCUCCGAACACCAGGAGCUGCACGUGGCGGCGGCAAGGAAGGUUCUGCCCCACGUCAAGCUCAGCUUCAGCUUCAACUGGCGCGAGUUCCUGGCGGAACAGAUGAAGCAUUGCCUGCACUCCAGCUGCUCCCCGCGGCAGGCGCUGGCCGAGCUGCUGCAGAAGAACUCGGAGCUGUGGCCCUACCCGUGCGCCGAGUGCGGCACCCACUUCUUCAACCAGUGGGCCCUCGCCAACCACAGGUGCUCUCCCUCGCCGAAACCGCACGCCCAGGUCAUGGCAGGGGGUGGCAGCGUGCUUUGGCAGGGGGCGGGCGCAGAUCUGCCCCCAGCCGCGUUCCAGUGCCCCUCCUGCGGCCUGGGCUUCCCCCAGGAAGAGUCGCUGGCACAGCACCUGCCCAGACACAGCGGCGAAGGGCGCCCUUUCCAGUGCCCCCACUGCAAGAACAGCUACCUGUGCAAGGAGGCUCUGGCCGGCCAUGUGCAAAGCCACUUCACCUGGCGGCCAGCCCACUGCUACAUCUGCGACCGGGAUUUCGCCCAGCCGGAGGAGCUGGUGGAGCACCUCAGCACCCACGUGGUGGAGCACCCCUACAAGUGCGGCCGCUGCCACAAGAGCUUCCUGAGCCCCUUCCUGCUAGGCAAACACUUCCAGCAGGAACAUGCUGCCCUGGGGUAG